AUGGCCCACUUGGCCACCUGUGUGGCCACUAUGGCUCAAAAAGAAAAAUGGCAGGAAAGCAUCAUUUUGACAGGCGCCUCUGAAGCGCCUCUGAAGUUGCAUAAUUCAUGGCCCACUUGGCCACCUGUGUUGCCACUAUGGUUCAAAAAGAAAAAUGGAAGGAAAAUAUCAUUUUGGCAGGCGCCUCUGAAGUUGCAUAAUUCAUGGCCCACUUGGCCACCUGUGUUGCCACUAUGUCUCAAAAAGAAAAAUGGCAGGAAAACAUCAUUAUGGCAGGCGCCUCUGAAGUUGCAUAAUUCAUGGCCCACUUGGCCACCUGUGUUGCCACUAUGGCUCAAAAAGAAAAAUGGCAGGAAAACAUCAUUUUGGCAGGCGCCUCUGAAGUUGCAUAAUUCAUGGCCCACUUGGCCACCUGCGCCUCUGAAGUUGCAUAAUUCAUGGCCCACUUGGCCACCUGUGUUGCCACUAUGGCUCAAAAAGAAAAAUGGCAGGAAAACAUCAUUUUGGCAGGCGCCUCUGAAGUUGCAUAAUUCAUGGCCCACUUGGCCGCCUGUGUUGCCACUAUGGCUCAAAAAGAAAAAUGGCAGGAAAAUAUCAUUUUGGCAGGCGCCUCUGAAGUUGCAUAAUUCAUGGCCCACUUGGCCACCUGUGUUGCCACUAUGUCUCAAAAGGAAAAAUGGCAGGAAAACAUCAUUAUGGCAGGCGCCUCUGAAGUUGCAUAAUUCAUGGCCCACUUGGCCACCUGUGUUGCCACUAUGGCUCAAAAAGAAAAAUGGAAGGAAAACAUCAUUUUGGCAGGCGCCUCUGAAGUUGCAUAAUUCAUGGCCCACUUGGCCACCUGUGUUGCCACUAUGGCUCAAAAAGAAAAUGGCGCCCCUGAAGUUGCAUAAUUCAUGGCCCACUUGGCCACCUGUGUUGCCACUAUGGCUCAAAAAGAAAAAUGGCAGGAAAACAUCAUUUUGGCAGGCACCUCUGAAGUUGCAUAAUUCAUGGCCCACUUGGCCACCUGUGUUGCCACUAUGGCUCAAAAAGAAAAUUGGCAGGAAAACAUCAUUAUGGCAGGCGCCUCUGAAGUUGCAUAAUUCAUGGCCCACUUGGCCACCUGUGUUGCCACUAUGGCUCAAAAAGAAAAAUGGUAGGAAAACAUCAUUUUGGCAGGCGCCUCUGAAGUUGCAUAAUUCAUGGCCCACUUGGCCACCUGUGUUGCCACUAUGGCUCAAAAAGAAAAAUGGCAGGAAAAUAUCAUUUUGGUAG